UCGCUCCCCUUGCCUCGAGCCCGCUCCAUGGUUGUUCCGGAUCACGAACACAGCAUGGUCAUGAUGGACAAUCAAUUUUAUCAACCUCCCGAUGCCUCGUGGAUUUCCCACAAACACAUGUCUUCGAGUCUGCCGUCCUCGCCGAUGCAGCACCACCCCUAUCAGCACAUCCAAUCCCAGAGCCAGCACCAGCAGCUGCCGUCGCCGUCACAAACCCAGCCCCAACAGCACCUGCCGAUGCAGCAAUCCCACCCAUCACUGCUGUCCCAGUCGCAGCAUCUGCAUGCCUCCCAGCAGCCCCACAACCUGCAUAUGCAGCAGCCCUCGCAACAGCCCCUCUUGAACUCGGCGCACACCCGCUGGGCCGAGGAGGUGGUCUAUAGCGACGAGUAUCUGCCCAUCGACGACAGCCAUCCCAACUCGCAGUUCCAGCAGCAGCCCUCCUUCUGGACCUCGGGCGGAUACCCCACCGGCGGCUAUGUCGCCUGCAACGACAACGGAUACAUCGUCACCACCUCCGGCACCAUCUCGACCCUGUCGCCGGCCGACUCCUUUGGCCACUUCGAGGGCCUGUCGUCCCAGCACGUCGUUCACCUCCAACAUUCGGCCCUACUCCACGUCUAUCCACCCGACUUUGCCUCGUCGCACUUCCCUCCUCGCCAUCAGUCGCUGGGCACCUCUGGAUCGGCCUACGGCUCGUACGUCCCCACCACUCAGUCGGCCCCGGUCGCUGCCCCUGACGGCACCACCUACGUUGCCCCCGCGCGGCAUGAGUCUCUCGAGCGCAUGAGGCAUUCGGACAAUGCCGAUCCCGCCUCCGGCCACCUGUCCCAAGCCGGCCUUGUCGGCACCGUCCACGGCCCGGUCUCCGUCUUUCCCGAAUCCUGCCCCUACCCCGGCUAUGGCAAGGCUGCCGCCCCUGACCAUCAUCUCUCGAGCCAGCCAACCCCGGCUGCCUACGGCUCGGCGCCCCACCUCCCGACCAAGCACAUCUUCGGAGCCCAUCUGGACCACCACGGCGCUGCCUCGGCCCCGUCGCCCUUCCAGCCUCGUCGACGCACCACCCUCUCCAAGGGCUCAAGUUCGCUCCCCCCGAGCACCCUGUCGACCCCAACGCUCUCGGUCGCCGCAAGCCCGGCCACCACGGCUCUCACUGCCUCGUCUUUCCCGACCCCCCAGUCGCAGAUCAUGUACAGUCCGCCCUCGCAUGUCCUGACCCCGGGCACCGCCUAUGGCCAGCCGCCAAACUUCACCUCGCCCGUGUUGCUCGGUCUCCAGAGCAUCUCCAACCAGACCCCGUCCGUCAGCAGCGCGUCGCCCGCCCAGAUCUCCCAGUCGCCCCUGCCCUUUGCCCACGAUCCCAUCACCCCGUCGGCCAUGCCCCAAUUCUUCAACGGCAGCGACAACCCGCAGCCGCCCUACUUUGUCACCGGCUUCUCGUCCUCGGCCUAUCCCACCUCGGCCAUCGCCCCUCUUGAAUGCAGCUUCCGCUUUGACCAAUCCGAGGCCAUCGAGGACCUCACCGCCUCUGCCGAGCCCGUGCCGACAGAGCCUGUCGAGCUGCCCCCGUCGGACGCGUGCGAGGUCGACAACGACGAUGGCGAGUACGAGCUCACCAGCCCUGGCGAAGAAACAGAGUGUCGCUCGCGCCCCUCCCAGUCUCCCGAGGACCCCGAAGUCGUCACGAUCGAGCGGCCGCCCCCCGACGGACCCCAGAUUUGGCGGUGCACGCCCUUCCCGGGCUGUGACAAGCAGUUCAACACUCGGGCCGGCCUGCGGUACCAUCUGCAUACCACCCACAAAGUCACCUGCCGGAUCGUGACAAGAAGAAACGUCGGGCAGUACGGAUGUCAACUCUCUGGAUGCAGUAAAACCUUCAAAACGCGAGCUGGUCUUCGCUAUCACCUUACGCACCACCACAACGACGACGCCUCGUCUCCACGCCUGCGGCCUCUGGCAUCGCCGCCAGUCUCGAGUCCCCCUUCGGAGCACCUGACCGAUUCAUAG